AUGGGCAACCAGCCAUCCAGCGAGAAGGGCAAGAAGGGAGAGAAGGGCGCUGAUGGCGUUCCUCUGGGCCGUGAAUACUACCGCUCGUUCGAACGCUCAGACACCCAAGGCUCGACGCGCUCGAUUCGCAACUCUAUUCGCAAUAAGAUCCCCGGCACCGGUAAGACCGACAGCCCACGCAACUCAGUGUCGAACCUGAGCCAAACCACCAAUGGCAAGGAUGACAAGUCGGAUGCAGUCUCUCUGAAGUCAGAGAAGAGCAAGGGAGGAAAGAGCUCGAGACGAGGCUCGACAGCUUCAGAAGGUGCUGGUCUUAUCGAGACAGCUGCGCAGCUUGAGAAGCAGCCAGAUGAGCCACAGCCACCACCAUCACCCGUGCAUGGAGCUACAGUUGGCACAGGACAUGAGGCUGUAGAGAAGGCUCAACAGACUGGGGAAGUCGAUCGAGUCUCAGAAGUGCCACCUUCUGGUGUCCCGCCUCCGUCCGCCUCCGCCCAGCCAGGAGAGUCAAUCUUGCAGAAGAAGGGUCAGCCUAUCCCGAGGCUGCCGGAGCCUCCAGCCGCGAACGAUGGAGCCGGUUCCCCUAUGGAGAUCAGUGCUCUGAAGGCGAUCGACCUCGACGACAUGAUUCAGCGUUUGCUCGACGCUGCAUAUGCCGGAAAGGUCACCAAGACCGUCUGCUUGAAGAACGCCGAGAUCUUCGCCAUCUGCUCUGCUGCACGGGAAGUGUUCCUGAGCCAGCCAGCGCUUCUGGAGCUUGCGCCGCCCGUCAAGAUCGUCGGAGACAUCCACGGACAGUACACUGACCUGAUCCGCAUGUUCGAGAUGUGCGGUUUCCCACCGAACUCCAACUAUCUAUUCCUGGGUGACUACGUCGAUCGCGGCAAACAGAGCCUGGAAACAAUCCUACUGCUUAUGUGCUACAAACUCAAGUUCCCCGAGAACUUUUUCCUCCUCCGCGGCAACCACGAAUGCGCGAACGUUACACGUGUCUACGGCUUCUACGAUGAAUGCAAGCGGAGGUGCAACAUCAAGGUUUGGAAGGCGUUCGUUGAUACAUUCAAUUGCCUUCCCAUCGCAGCUAUUGUCGCACAGAAGAUCUUCUGCGUGCAUGGCGGCCUUUCCCCAAGUCUGUCGCACAUGGACGACAUACGUCAAAUCGCCCGACCAACUGAUGUCCCUGACUACGGUCUGCUGAACGAUCUGCUUUGGAGUGAUCCAGCAGACAUGGAGAACGAUUGGGAAUCAAAUGAGCGGGGCGUUAGUUAUUGCUUCGGUAAAAAGGUCAUCAUGGAGUUCUUGCAACGGCACGACUUCGAUCUCGUCUGUCGAGCGCACAUGGUAGUCGAAGACGGCUACGAGUUCUUCAACGACAGGGUCCUUGUGACGGUCUUCUCCGCACCAAACUACUGUGGCGAGUUCGACAACUGGGGUGCAGUUAUGUCUGUAUCCGGAGAAUUGCUGUGCAGCUUCGAGUUGCUCAAGCCGCUUGAUUCGAGCGCGCUGAAGAGCCACAUCAAGAAGAGCAGGAACAAGCGCCAAAGCAUGCUAAACUCACCAGUGAGUAACUUUUGGCCUCGGCCUAUAGAUUUAAAGCGAUCUUUAGUGCCAUCUAUAUAUCUUACUCGUACUGACUCAGCUCCAGCCUGCACACUACGCUCCGCAGUCUUACUAAUAUUCUUCUUCUUUUGUAGGGCAGCGAGAGCGAAGGUUCGCCCUCGUCGAUUCUCGCUAAGCAGUUCACAUGCGAUCCAGAGUGCGACGGGCUAG